AUGGUCUUCAGCUUGCUGGAGUUUGCCAAUGCAGGGCCUCCUGUUGUCCUGUGGUCCGACCCUGAUGUUUUACCUGUUUCAGCUUCCCCUUGUCUCACUGUGGCUCAGUUCUGUCCGAACAGAGGGGAGCUGGAGAGGAAGGUGCAGGGGGCGAUAGAGGGGAAGAAUGUGGCCAUUGUGCUUUUCAGGUUCUCUCCGGCUGUCAAGGUGCCUCCUUUCUUCAAUGACAGUUUCCCCCAAAGCACAAUCAGAGAAGAGAUCUCAGUCUGCCCUCCAUCAGAUCAGGCCUAUCUGCAGGCGGCGGUGGUCUUCCAGCAGCUGCGUGAGGAGAAGCCAGGCCCACUUCAGCCUCUGCGCUAUGGGAAGAAGACGGACACGCUCCUGCCCGAGGGCGGAGACAAACCCACGCAGAGACGGGCCUUCCAGCUCGCCUUCGACACGCUCAAAUACCAAGAUUUACUGGAGGACAUCAUCACUGACAGCUGCUUCCACACCUCGCAGCAAAUUUCAGCUGACUUGUUGCCCCUGGCGAUGGUGAUGCUGUUCGACUUCCAGGAUCGAAAGUUCACGUUGCGUGAGCAAACAUCGAAGGAGCUGGAGGAGCCUCUACAGGAAGUCAGGGAGCUGGAGAGGAGUCUGUACAAGCUUAAGACCAAGCUGGCCGCAUCUCUGGCUCGGUGCAGGGUGAAACUGAAUCUGCAGAGCGUCUCCUGUUUUCUUUCUGAUCCCGUCAGGACCAAACAGCACCGAGCCAAACGUCUGCCCCUGUUCGCGUGGGUCAACACGCUGAAGAGCAGUGUUGAGGAAGUGUGUGAAGCGCUGCAGGUGGCCGGCUUGUGUGAAGCUGAAGCCCUGACUGACCUGAAGGACCUGGCGUUCUGCCGGGACUCGCUCUGUCCCGACACACUCGUCUUCUCCUGGCAGCUUGUCGCUCGGCUCCAGCACAGCAGCCUCACUGCAGCACAUGUCCUGAACAUACAGGACAGGAGUGUGUGUGUGGCGGUGAGCGCGUUACGCCCCCUGCUGUUUGAUAACGGUGACGUCCUGGUGGUGGGGUCUUUCUCGGCUGUGACUGUGGCUCACGUGGCCGUGGUGGCCUCCGCCCGCUCGGGCCGAGUGCUGCUGUGUGGUGCUGAUCACACGUCCUCUCAGCUGGAGGACAUUCAGGGCCUGCUCGGGGACAUGGACAUCAAGAAUGUGCGGAUCCUGUCGGAGGCAUUCAGUGGUCUGAGCGAGUGGGACUCCUCCGUCCAGCGUCUGAAGGUCAUCAUGGUUCUACCUCAGUGUUCGUCCUCUGCCCUCAACGACCCCGUGCCCACCAUACACAGCGAACAUGGAAAAUGGGAUCUGCUGUCAGACUUGUCCCACGGUUCUGUAGCCCAACGCAAGAUACACAUGAUGGCCGCCCAGCAGGCACGACUGUUAGCGCACACCCUGACCUUCCCGAAGGUGCAGACGGUGGUUUACUGCUCACGUUCAGUUUAUCCUGAGGAGAACGAACAGCUGGUGAAAAGAGUGUUAAACAAAGCACACACUCACCCCAAACUGCUGCCUUUCAGGGUGAACGGUCCAAUUUUCCCGGUUGACUCCGAGUCAGGAGACGCCACCGAAUCCAAGUUCUUCAGACUCGAACCCUCUCAGGUCACCAACGGCUGCUUCGUGGCCAGGCUGUCCCGACAGGCUGAUCCCACCAAGGUGGAGACGGUGCAGGACGUGCUGGCCAGGGCGGCAGCGAAGGGCCUCCUGGGCGGAAUAUUACCGGAGCAAUUAAAAACUGGGAAAAAGGGGAAAAGCAGGAAGAGCCGUGAAUCUGGCGAGAGAGGUCGGCCCGAAGAGGAGAGAGGUGAGGGGGAGGUCGAGGGUAAUGAGGAGGAGGAGGAGGGCAAAAGGGAGGAAGAUGGAGGAAAGAGGAGAGGGGUCAAAGGACGCAAGCGAAAGCUCAAACAAGGACAAAAACAAAGCAAAGCUCCUGCAGACGCCAAGCAGCCGACUAAAAGCCCCAAAAAGAAACCAACGAAGAAAAAAGGCAACCAAUCACAUCCCACCAAACGUCCCUCAAAGAGCAAACAAAGACGAUUCCCUCGUCUCACGCUGACCUUGAUGUCCUCAGAGAAAACAUCCAACCAAUUGUCGCCCAUCACAGCCCUGGCACACAGGCUGAGUGAGACUCUGAUCGGGUCCCAACAGACGGUGUUCAGCGCCCCUUCCUCUGCUGGGAAACGACCCUCACCUGCACCAGCAGCUCCUUCCACCCCCCCUGCGGCCUCCAGGCUGCUGCAGGGACAUAACUCGCAGCCUGAGAGGGAAGAGAAAACAUCAAGGGACGGAGACAAAUCAGCGAGUCCGUUAAAGGCCCGGGGGAAAGUGGUCGGACCACAGGAAGUGAGGAAGGCUGCGAGAGGCUCUGCCCUUCCACCCAUUCCCUCCCCAUCCUCUGGAUCACUACGCAGCCGGACUGGUAGUUCUCCGUCCCACACGUCCCACUCUCACCACAGGCACAUGUCCACGUCCUCCUCCUCAGUGUCUCUGCCUGGGUUAUAG